AUGGAAAGGCCGCACUGCUCCGAUGAAGAUCGGGCGAGGGAUGUCGAUCGCAGGGACCGACACAAGCCGGAGACGGCCGAACAUCCCGCGCUCCAGUUCGGAAGAGAGGAGGCUGUGGCAGAUACGACAACGGAGUACUUCCAUCCGCUCGCGGGGUGCCGCUUUUCUCUCGGGAGGGAGCAGGACGCGGAGACUGACCGGCAGCGCCUCCGUGGCGGAGGAGCUUUCGUGCCCGACCGCAGGUGCUUCGGCCGGACGGAGUCGGGGAAGGACGUGGGGGAGGACGUGCAGGACAGGUUGGCGCGGGGGGCGCGAUCGGGAAAGGAGGACUAA